AUGACUGACACCAAGCCCACUCCGAUGACCUACCGCUUCCUCGGCAACUCCGGCCUGCUUGUCUUCAAGCUCUCGCUUGGCACCUGGAUGGACGUCAUGAUGAAGCUAGCCUUCGAACGCGCAGGGCUUGAGUCGCAAGCAUAUCGUCGAGGGUACGAAGGCGUCGCUGAAGAGGAGACUGUCCGAGCCAUGAACUACGUGAUCAAUCCAGGCUGGGCCUUCUACUGGGGCACCAGUCAGUGGAGCGCAGCUGAGAUCAUCGAAGCGUGCGAGAUCGCCGACCGUCUUGGACUGAUCCGGCACAUCGUGGAGCAGACGAUCUAA